ACACUUCAAAAUUUCAGUUCUCCACAGUUCCAUACACCAUCAACAAUGGCUUCUCCUCUUCUCCUUCUCUUCCUCUCUCUCUCCGUCCUCUCCGCAGCAGCUCUCGCUUCGGACGUGCCGAUCGUCGCGAAGCGCUCCGACGACGAGGUGAGGUCGCUCCACGCGGCGUGGAUGGCGGAGCACGGCAAAACCUACAACGCUCUGGGGGAGAGCGAGAGGCGGUUCGAGAUCUUCAAGGAGAACUUGCGCUACAUCGACGAGCAGAACGCGCUGCCGAACCGGAGCUACAGGCUCGGAACGAACCGGUUCGCCGAUCUCACCAACGACGAAUACCGGAAGGCUUAUCUCGGAACCAAAUUACCUGACCGCAGCCACCGCGUGAAGAGCGAUCGCUAUGCGCCGAAGCUCGGCGACGCCUUGCCGGAUUCCGUUGACUGGAGAGAGAAAGGCGCCGUCGUUGGUGUCAAAGACCAAGGCAGCUGCGGGAGUUGCUGGGCUUUCUCCACAAUUGCUGCUGUGGAGGGAGUAAACGCCAUUGUAACUGGCGAUUUGGUCUCGCUCUCGGAGCAAGAGCUUGUGGAUUGUGAUACCUCCUACAAUGCCGGAUGCAACGGUGGUUUGAUGGACUAUGCGUUCCAGUUCAUCAUUAAGAACGGCGGUAUUGAUUCUGAUAAGGACUAUCCAUACACCGGCAGGGACGGGAGAUGCAAUCAGAACAAGAAAAACUCCAAAGUUGUGUCGAUUGACAGUUACGAAGAUGUUCCGGUGAACAAUGAGGCCGCGCUGCAGAAGGCGGCUGCCAGCCAGCCAGUGGCUGUUGCCAUCGAAGCCGCAGGGUGGGACUUCCAGCUGUAUCAGUCAGGUAUCUUCACAGGGUCAUGUGGCUUGUCCUUGGACCACGGCGUGAACGUGGUCGGGUACGGGAGUGAGAACGGGUUGGACUACUGGAUCGUGAGGAACUCGUGGGGCAGCGCCUGGGGGGAGAAAGGGUACCUGAGGAUGCAGAGGAAUGUGGCGGCGAAGCAAGGCCUCUGCGGGAUCGCAGUUGAGCCGUCUUACCCGGUCAAGAAGGGGCCCAACCCGCCCCCGGCCCCCCCUGCUCCACCAUCCCCGCCCGCCCCGGUGGCGCCCCCCACCACGUGCAGCAAGUACUACGCGUGCCCUGCAAGCGAGACCUGCUGCUGCAUCUUCCAGUUCUUCGGGAUGUGCUUCGAGUGGGGAUGCUGCCCCCUCGAGGGCGCCUCGUGCUGCAAGGACCACAGCAGCUGCUGCCCCCACGACUACCCUGUCUGCAACGUGCACGCCGGCACCUGCUCCAUCAGCGCCAACAGCCCGCUCGGGGUUAAGCCGAUGGUGCGGACGCGUGCUAGGCCGAUCGCGAGCUAUGCUAGGGACGCUGCGGUUAGCAGCAUCUGAGGGAGCUCGGACCGUGGGCGACCUUGCGAGAGCUAGCCGACGGCCGCGAUUGUUUAGGGUCGCGAUUUUUAUGUAUGAUUCUGGAUAUUUAUGGCUCUACAAACUCAUUUAUCUCACUAUGUAUGUAUGCUAGUUGCUAAGUUA